AAGCGCCUCAUAUGUCGUCUUUACGAACCUCUGGUGCUGUUAUUCACCCUGGGUUACACCCAAGAGGAUUACAUCCCAGUCCGGCUUCCAACGGAGGAGGAGACUCUAUACUUACCACUAAGGACUACGCGACGUAAGUUCCUGGAAGACCUAGCAUUUGUGUGUGACUACGAUACUGGGCACGACACCAUGACGGCGAUUGGUAUGCAGUCGAAACAGAAGCACCAUGUCCUCUGGAUUGCUUCACAUACCUCUCCCAACAGAAGGAUCAUCGCUUUUGCGAGGAAACGUCUGGCUGAUAUGAAGCAAAUACUAGCAUGUGGUGGCAUUCGCCAAUCGAGUAGUGUGGAAGGUUUUAUCACAUCAUGCAUCGAAUUUGCAGCCCCACAGAUUAGGAAGGACAUGGGUUGUCUCCUUUCAGCACUGCACAAGUGCAAAGAUUUGCUGAGCACAAACUAUCCCGAAGAAGUAUCCGGUCUUGUCGAAUGGUUAAGAACCUGGGUGUGCCAGCGUACACUUACGGACUUCUGCCGCUCUGCGUACGAAAGCCAGGGAUCAAGAUACAUACAUACUCUUGCAAGGUUGAGUAUCCAGACCCGCGAGAGUAUGCAUCGGAAUGACGCUCGAAGUCCUUUCGAUGUGGUGAGACACCACAUGAGACAGCUUGGCCGUCGUUUUCAGGCAGCUAAGGCCCUACUCACUUAUGGGUCAAGACUGUCUGAGCUGAAAGACGAGGUUCAGCUCUGUGCUAUUGACACGCCGUCAGAGUCCAAACUGCCGCCAGUUGAUAUGUCGACCACGUUUGAUAGCAUUGCCCGACGCAUGAUGCCAGAUAAUUCUUCAGAUCUCCAUCGUUGCCAGCAUGCUCUUGAAACAAUGAACCAAAACCACGGCUUGUUUGAACACUUCCUGCAUAAUUACAAAUCAGGAGACGCGAAACCCUAUGUACACGCUGGGAUACAAGUUUUGGACCAGUUCCAUACACGUCAGUUCCUGUUUGCAGGCGAUGAUUCUUUCAUUGCAUGCAGCAGACCAGUCUGUCUAUCUUGUCUGGUUUACUUCAAGUCACAUCCAGGACGCUUUGUGGAACCGGUCUCUGAUUACAACAUCUGCCUUAAUUGGCGACCAUCCGUACUUGAUACAGAAGCCCAAGUGGACAGUGAAAAGGACCAGAGAGAGGCUUUGGACAACAUGAACAAAAGGAUUCGAAAGGAAGCAAUUCACCAGAUG